AUGGUUUUAUAUUGUCUGAGGCAUAAUGAAUGUGGUGCCAAAUUGUUGGUCACUUCCACAGAUUUCCGGCGGCUUACGUGUCCACUUUGUCAUCUUGGAUUUGAGUACUCGGGAUGGGAAAGCGAAUGUGUACCUGCUCCUUUCGUAGCACAGAGCAGUCUAGGCUGUGCUGUGGUGCUGAAACCUACUCGAGGAGACUUCCUACAUUAUAAUAUGGGCGAUGAUCUUCAUAUUGGCAUUUCAAAUUCAGUGUCUGUGGUGCAUUCCUACUGGGUAAAUGGCAUAUCUUCAGAAUGUGUUGGCUGGGAUAAGUCAAUAGUAGUCUGCCGUUUCAGUGAUGAUGAGGACAGGUUUGACUUCUUGCUGUCUUCCUUUCUUCGAGAAACUGCCAACAAUUUUGAACAAGAGUUCUAUGAUGACGCACGGUGGAACUGUUUCGAUUUUGUUAUGGAGUUCUUGCGCUUCAUCAAUUUCCGAAGAUACACGAAAAUAGAUUUCGUAUCAGAAUUUGUUCAAGGCGCUUUAAAUAGCGCAAUUAAGUAUAAUACAGGCAUUGAUUUCCGCUAUUCGGUACUAUGCACUAAUGAAUCUGAAAGGAUCAGUGAAAAUUGUAUUCCAGUAUCAGAUCUCACAAUGGCAGAAAUGCUGGAAGAGAAUUCAAACGUAGACGCUGACCGUGUCAUAGAUCAACAGAGCUUCAAUUGUUCACAGUUUGAAAUAUUUACGCAUGAGUAUCGCGAACGUAAAGAGGUUCCCGGUUGUGAAGAUCAUGGCAGUGGUGGUAGUUCGUGCUGCGGGUCACCGUCAUCAUGUGGAGAUAAUAAAAAACGUAUAGUUAAUUCAACGAGAAAGCUUCAGAAAGCUGUACUUGCACUGCAACGAAUGCCUAAUAGUGAGGCGAUAAGUGACAUGCUACAAAAGAUGCGAGAUAUUGGAGGGCGUUUGAAUGAGGAGUUGAAACAGCUACAGGCCGAGUUUUCCACAAAGACAGUCGCCUUUCCCGUGUUUGAUCCCGCUGAUAUGCAUCUUUUGCUUGGAGAGGAUGAGGUUCCAAAAAUACGAAGUUCAUUCGAAGAAGUUGAAGAGUCUGAACGUGCAGCUCAACAGCGGUUAGAGAAUCUUCUGUUCGAGGCGGAAGUGAUGUUGCGCGAAUAUGAGCAUUUAAAGCAAGGAAUACGUGUUUGA